AGUCGUCGACUGAAGGCCGGAACAUGAGCAAGCAAAUAUCUGUCCCGAUCUUUGUGAUUGCUAUCGUCCUUUCCGUUUUUGGAUCAGCCGCGUUCUCCGUCCUUGGGGCAUACCUCUUCAUGCGUCGCCGUCGGGCGCGGCGACGAGGCCAGGAACAAGAACAGGUGGCAAACCAGGCCCUUGACCGGGCCAUCGUGAGCUACAUCGCCAAGGAGUUCCCCAGCCAGCAGGCCGCACAACCACUUGGCCGUGCAAUGACGACGGCCACAGACGCAAGCGCCAAGGACACGGAGGCCGGCGGCCCCAUAAGCUCAACCCUUUCCGACCAAGAGCCGCCGACGACUGGGGUGGAGCGGAGCCAGCCUCCGUGUCGAACUGAGACCUCCACCGCCGACUCCUCGUUGCGCAAGACGGCGUCUUCGCAUUUCGCGGACAGCGCCGAGCAGGUUUAUGGCGACAUAAUCGCGAGGCCUCUAGAACGCACCAGCAUCCCGCCUGCCUCGCCGCGUCCGGAAUUCGUGGCCGCGACGAGGAGAGACGAUGUUGGGUGGCCUCUGACCAAGGAGAGUUGGUUAUGACUAGUAAAUGUGGGGUGGCAUGGGAUUUCAAAAAAAAAAAAAAAAAAAAAAAAAAAAAAAAAAAAAAAAAAAAAAAAAAAAAGGCCUUGGCGAUGGGAAUUGGGUCAGGGAUGCGUUAACUAUAGAAGGGUGAAUCGGCGCUUCGGAGUUUGCAGGUGUGGCUUCAAGGUUUAAAGUUCGGCACCGGAAGGUUUGGACCUAGACCACUUACCUACCGAACCUGAGCGAGACAGCAGUUUUACAUAGCAUCUGCGGCGACCAGCAACCUACGGAUUCCAUGUACAUGUACACUUGGCCCAGUGAUCCAUCCAACUCGCGUUAUUCCUGCGAGUGUUGCUAGCGAGUCCAACUCAAUGUCGCGGUUAUAUUGG